AGUACAGAGAGGAGCUAAUAGCACCCUAUCUGCAACCCAGGCAAGCAAUUGAGGGGAUUUUCACCAGCAUUGAGACUCAGAACCCAGAAGCGUUUUAUAGGCUUCACUCACAAGUCACAGCUGAGAAAUUUUAAACUCAAACUCACCGUGCCAUGGACCAAGGAGUGAAAAAGAUCAAUGGAGAGCUUCCUCAGGGAUCGGUGUACCUUGAGGAAAAGUCUAUUAAGAGUGGAGUAACAUCCCUUAUUUUUUCCUUAAAGGAAGAGGUGGGAGCUUUGGCCAAAGCCCUGCGACUGUUUGAGGAGAAAGGCAUCAACCUUACACACAUUGAAUCCAGACCUUCCCGACUCAAGAAAGGAGAGUACGAAUUCUUUAUCAACAUGGAUAGUAAAAAUACUCCUGUUUUUGAAGAAAUCCUUCUUGGUUUGCAUCAAGAGAUCAGUGGGACAGUCCAUGAACUCUCACGGGCCAAGAAGAAGGAUACAGUUCCAUGGUUUCCUCGGACAAUGCACGAUUUGGACAGAUUUGCAAACCAGAUCCUGAGCUAUGGAUCCGAGCUCGACGCAGAUCACCCUGGAUUCACAGACCCUGUGUAUCGAUCCCGAAGGCAGGAAUUCGCUGAUAUCGCUUACAACUACAGACACGGUCAACCAAUUCCUCAAGUUAAGUACACAGAGGAUGAAGUAAAGACCUGGAGUACUGUAUUCCGGGAGCUGAAGACAUUGUAUCCAACCCAUGCCUGCCAGGAACAUAACUUUGUGUUCCCUUUGCUGGAGAAGUACUGUGGCUAUCGUGAGGAUAAUAUUCCUCAGCUCGAGGACAUCUCCAAAUUUUGCAAUGUGAGCACUUGCACAGGAUUCUCUCUGCGUCCAGUUGCUGGUUUACUGUCCUCCCGAGAUUUCCUGGCUGGCCUUGCAUUUCGUGUUUUUCAUUCCACACAGUACAUCCGUCAUGGUUCAAGACCUAUGUACACACCAGAGCCGGAUGUUUGUCAUGAAUUGCUAGGACAUGUCCCUCUUUUUGCUGAUCCAAAGUUUGCCCAGUUUUCACAGGAGAUAGGACUUGCAUCUCUAGGUGCCCCAGAUGAAUACAUUGAGAAACUUGCAACAGUAUAUUGGUUCACUGUGGAAUUUGGACUGUGCAAACAGAAUGAUGAAAUCAAGGCAUAUGGAGCAGGAUUGUUGUCUUCUUUUGGAGAACUGCAGUAUUGUUUAUCAGAUAAACCUGAGAUUUAUCCCUUUGAUCCUGAAAGGACCACCCUUCAUAAAUACCCAGUCACAAAUUUCCAACCGAUCUAUUUUGUCGCUGAAAGUUUUGAAGAUGCAAAAGAAAAAGUGAGGAAAUAUGCUGCAACUAUCCCUCGUCCCUUCUCUUUUCGUUAUAAUGCUUACACCCAGACUAUUGAAGUUCUGGACAACAUUGAACAAUUGAAAAACCUGGCUUCCAGCAUUAGUGGUGAAAUGGGAAUCCUCUCCAAUGCACUUAAGAAGCUUGAGUGAAGAUUGCAAGUGAAAUACAUCAGCUGCAAAAGCCAUUAUUAAUAUGAAUCUUACCAUAGGAACUUUUUAAAUAAAAAAUGCGUAAAUGCCAUUUAGCCCGUGUAAAGAUUGCCUUUAUCCUAAACGUUAUCCAAUUAACUCAAUCUUUGGAGGGGAGUAAUCAAACCCCAGGUAUAACCUCUGGCAAGAUGACAAAUGUACAGAAUGUAAAAUCUCUUGCUAGCCCCAGAAGAUAAUGAAGUUGAUCUCCAUUAUUGGGAAACCACACUAUUUAACAUGGAUACUUCCAUUCCUGGAAUGAUACUCCCAACAUUCAAGCAAUUCGUAUUGGUUUUCUAAAGAUUAUUUCUUCAUCUAUGUCUAUCCUUGUCCUAAUUAUUAUUAUUAUUAUUAUUAUUACAUUCUUAUGCAAAUAUUGAAUCCAGUUUAUGUUUAUGUAUGUGUAUAUACCCCUGCUGAUGAGAACUAAACCAAUUUGGCCCCAGCAGUUACAUUGGUGUGGAACGGAAAUCCAGCCUUUUAUUUCCCAUUCCAUAUUGUUUUUCAAUCGAACCGAAUGACUAAGUACCUGAUUUUGGAGUUUUAAUCUACUGUAUAUUGUAAUAAUACUCUGGUGUUUCAUUAAUCAUUUAAAAAGUCAUGCAAUCACCUAUUUAAUAACAAUUGAAAUAGUAUAAUCAAAGUUCCAGAAUGGGGCAACGAGAUUUGCACUGGCUUGUGUGAAACCGAUGAGUUAAUGAAACCUCCUCCACCACAAUUCACCACUUUCUUCACCCCAUUUGCACUGCAUGUUGAGUGGUGAAUCACUGGCAACAUGUAUAUAUAGGCAUGUAUAUAUUAAACAGGGUUUAAUGUAUAAUUAGAUGCAGUUAGAUGCAUCCUAGUGCUUGAUCAACUUUAGGUCAUUAGAGAUUCACAAUGACUGCAUAAGGUAUAUAAUUUGGCUAAUCAUGCUUAAAUCACGUUAUCAUAUACAUUUAUUCCACUAGUUUAUUUCAAUCUGGGUCGGUUUCCAUUUUAAAACCCAUCUUCCAUCUCCCACUCCUUGGUCUGUCUACUUACCAGAUUUAGUUUUCUCUAAAAGCUAUUAACUUCUUCCAUGCCACCUAACCACAAAGCAUGUUAUUAUAAAGUAAUUUUUUCCAUUUUGUUCUUGAAUACUGGAAGCAACAUUAAAUGCAGAAUUCCACAAAACCACACUAGCUGCUGCCCUCAAUCAAUCAUUAUUGAGUUGUGAUUCACAUGCCAUAUGGCAAGUUAUUGACAAAAUGUUGACAGAUACAGUAUGUUUUCCUGGGCUCUUCGAUUCAUGGACUGUUGCCUGUGAUCUCGCCACUCUUUAGCCCCCACUGCACAGGUUUGUACUGUGGGCACAGCCUCUGUGUGUCUUUAUUACAGUAUAUUAAUUCCUUCCAAAUGCAAACUGUUCAGCUGCUGCUACCGCUGUGUGAGAAUAAAGUCCAGUCAUUAACGUGAAGGUACCACCUGGGACCCCUUUGAACAGAAUUACACUUAUGCAAAAUGGCAUCAUUUUAAUGCUUUGAACUCCACACUCACUUAUUUUGUAUUUCUAUAAAAGCCUUCAUAUGAUGCAACAUUCAUUCGUCAAAGUAACCACUGUUAUAUUUCCCCCGUUGUUAUUAAUUGAUACACCGAUAAAUUGAGAGUAUUAACAAUAAAAUAUAGCAUGUGACUCGGUGAUAAAAGGUUUCUUAUCCGUUCUAAGACCUUAGACUGACAUGGAGGGUACAGGAAAACAUGUAAUAUAAAAAAAGCUUUAGUGUUUUUGCUCUGAGAAUUACAAACACAUUUAUGUAGCAAUUGCAAGUUAGAAAAGGCAAAGGAUUUCUCAAACUAGUGUUUUAUGUUAGUUUAACUGAGUUUAAUUCUGUUAAGAUUUAUAAUAUAUUGCAUUUUCCCUCUGUCAAAACAGUGUAAGUGAGUCUUGCUAUGGGUUAAACUCAUACCUGUGAUCUUUUAACUGCAUAUUAACUUGCAACCAGUCUCUUUUGUUGCCAUAUUUUGAAAAUGAAAUAAUUUACUGAAUCGAUAUUCAGAGGAAUUUGUUUCUCUCCAAAAUUGAUUCGAAAUUACAAUUUCAUUAUUUAGUGUAGUUAUUUUACACCAAUAGAAGUUAGUGACUGGUCCAUGUUCACCGACAAGGUCACUGCACUUCACUGCCAACAAAAAAGAAAUACUGUGAAGGGCUUUGAGAUGUGCUUCUGUCUUGAAGGGUGUUCUAUCUGUCAGUCAAUGAACUAAAUAUAAUGCUGUACGUAAUAAAAUAAUCGAAGUUUAAAACCA